UCGGACCGGGAGGAGAAUGACGUCACAGCCCUGCCCCCACCGGGGGAGCACAAGGCCGGACAGAACCCCUCCCCGGGCCCUCACGCCCCGCCUGGCUUGCUGAACUCCGGACGAAGCUGGGAGUCUCCCGGUGCGCAGGCGCGGCUUCCUGGUUUGCGGGUUUGGUUCAAUUCUUCCCUCUGUGCUGGCCCAGCUGGCACAGGACCCAAGCCCAGAACCAGAGACAUGGCCCCUGGCAGCCGGAGCCCCUCGUCCCAGGAGUUGGUGUCCUUCAAGGAUGUGAUGGUGGACUUCACUAAGGAGGAGUGGGGGCUCUUGGACCCUUCUCAGAAGGAGUUGUACAAGGAGGUCAUGCUGGAGAAUGUUCAAAACCUGCUGUCUCUGGAUAUGGAGCCCAAGUUUGAAUGGACUGAGAUGAGUAGAAAGCUGGGAAUUUUUAUGGAAGAAUGUGACCUACAAAGAUUCAUGAAGGAUGGUCCCUGUGCCUUAAUUUUGAGGGAAAUCCAUGCCUCUAACAUCCAAGGAGAUAAUUCAAAGAGUGACUGUGAGUUGGAUGAAAUCAGAAAGAGAUUCAGGCAAUCUUCUUUCCCAAGUCAUUGUAAGAAAAUGGACUCAGGGAAUAACUGUCUUCUGAAUAGUGAAUAUCAGAAAUGUUUUCCUGAACAGGUAGAGCUUUUUCAUUCCCAGGAGAAGCCUGCGGAAAUACAAAUGAAUCCAGGUAAUCAAUGGGAAAUGUCCUUCAGCAAGAGUUCAGACCUCAUUAGACAUCAGAAAAAUGAUAGUGGGGAAAUGUUUUGUGGAAGUAAUGAAGUUGGGAAGGCCUUGAAUCAGACCUCUAAGCUCAUUACUCAACAAAUUCACACAAGAAAGCAACCUGAUGAAUAUAAUGAAUGUGAAGCAAUCUCAUCCCAUCAUUCAUCUCUUCCUUACUGUUGUAGAGUUGACUCUGGAAUGAAAAGAUAUGCAUUUGGUGACUGUGGGAAGGCCUAUGGUUGGAACUCAGAUAUUGAUAGUUCUCAGAAGAUUCAUACAGAAAUGAUUUAUAAAUGUAAUGAAUGUGGAAAGACAUUCCCACAAAUAUCUAAAUUUCGUAAACAUCAGAGAAUCCACUCUGGAGCAAAACAUUAUAAAUGUAAUCAAUGUGGGAAGGCUUUUGCAUACAGGUAUAGUCUUGCUAAUCAUCAGAGAAUCCACACUGGAGAAAAACCUUUUAAAUGUAAUCAAUGUGGAAAGUCUUUUCGAUGGAGUUCCAGUCUUUUUUUCCAUCAGAGAAUCCACACUGGAGAAAAACCUUAUAAAUGUAAUCCUUGUGGAAAAUUUUUUCGAUAUAGUUCCAGUCUUGCUUUACAUCAGAGAAUCCACAGUGGAGAAAAUCUUUAUAAAUGUAAUCAAUGUGGAAAGUGUUUUCGAUGCACUUACAGUCUUGCUUUACAUCAGAAAGUCCACACUGGAGAAAAACCUCAUAAAUGUAAUCAAUGUGGAAAGUCUUUUCGAUGCAGUUCUAUUCUUGAUAAACAUCAGAGAAUCCACACUGAAGAGAAAGAAAAAUCUUUUGAAUGUCAUCAGUGUAGAAAAGUUUACAGGAGCAAGGCAAAACUUAUUGAGCAUGAGAGAAGCCACACUGGAGAGAAACCUUUUGAAUGUAAUCAAUGUGGAAAGACUUUCUUAUAUGAGAGAAGUCUUGCUAAACAUCAGAAAAUCCACACUGGAGAGAAACCUUAUAAAUGUAAUCAAUGUGCAAAAGCUUUCAUAAUGAGGUACCAGCUUGUUGAGCAUCAGAAAAGCCACACUGGAGAGAAACCUUUUGAAUGUAAUCAAUGUGGAAAGGCCUUUUGUUACCCUUCCAGGCUUGCUAGACAUCAGAGAAUCCACACUGGAGACAAACCUUAUAAAUGUAAUCAGUGUGGAAAAGCUUUCAUAAUGAGGUACCAGCUUGUUGAACAUCAGAGAAUCCACACUGGAGAGAAACCUUUUGAAUGUAAUCAAUGUGGGAAAGCUUACAAAGUAAGGUACCUCCUUGCUGAACACCAGAGAAGCCACACUGGAGAGAAACCUUUUGAAUGUAAUCAAUGUGGAAAGACUUUUUGUUACCCUUCCAGGCUUGCUCGACAUCAGAGAAUCCACACUGCAGAGAAACCUUUUGAAUGCAAUCAGUGUGGAAAGACUUUUAUAUACAGUUCCCUUCUUUCUAGUCAUCAGAGGAUCCACACUGGAGAGAAACCUUUUGAGUGCAAUCAGUGUGGAAAGACUUUUAUAUACAGUUCCCUUCUUUCUAGUCAUCAGAGAAUCCACACUGGAGAGAAACCAUUUGAAUGUAAUCAAUGUGGAAAGGCUUUUAGGCUUACUUCGAUUCUUACUAAACAUCGGAGAAUCCAUACUACAGAGAAACCUUUUGAAUGCAAUCAAUGUGGAAAAGCUUUUAAAUAUAGUUCUCUGCUUUCUCAACAUCAGAGAAUGCACACUGGAGAUAAGCCUUUUGAAUGUAAUCAAUGUGGGAAAGCUUUCAUAAUGAGGUACCUUCUUGUUGAACAUCAGAGAAGCCACACUACAGAGAAACCUUUUGAAUGUAAUCAGUGUGGGAAAGCUUACAAAGUGAAGUACCUUCUUGCUGAACAUCAGAAAACCCACACUGGAGAGAAACCUUUUGAAUGUAUUCAGUGUGGAAAGAGUUUCACAUACAAGAGAAUUCUUGCUAAACAUCAGACAAUCCAUACCAGAGAGAAACCUUUUGAAGGUAAUUAAUGUGGUAAAGAUUUCACGCACAAGGGAAAACUUGCUGAACAUCAGAAAAUACACCAUGGAGAAAAACCUUAUGUAAUCAAUCAGGAAAGACUUUUCGAUAGAGUUCCAGUCUUGCUAAACAAUUGAGAAUCUGAAGGAAUCCUAUCAAACUCCUUUUAUGACACAGACAUGGUACUGAUACCUAAACCAGAUAGGACAAAAACAAAGAAA